GCUAUCGAGAGAAAUGCUUUCUUAGAAAGUGAAUUGGAUGAGAAAGAAACAUUGGCAGGCCUAGUUCAGCGUUUGAAAGACGAAGCACGAGAUCUUCGACAAGAACUUCUCAUACAUAAGAGUUUAAGUAAACCUCUUGACAAUGACAGUAGAAUAAAAAAAACUGUCUUGGAUAUUGACUCAAACAAGCUGAGAUCAGAGCAUCAAACACAAACAGGUACACUAAAUAAAGUGGUGCCACCUACUGGACACACACGUCUCACUCCUUCAGCCAGAAUAUCUGCUCUUAAUAUCGUUGGAGACUUAUUGAGAAAGAUUGGAGCUCUCGAAUCCAAGCUAGCAUCUUGUCGAACUCUUGUACAAGAAUCAUCCCCGAGGCUAGACAAGGAAGAGAGUUCCAGCCCUGUCAUGUCACCGACAAAUAUUCAGCUGACUAAAGAGUUGACCUUGUCAAGUUGUUCCGACUUUAUCCAUCUCACAGCAUAGCUAUCACGUGAAACAUCUAGCUACAUGUCUAACCACAAAUGGAGCAGCAGGACUCAACCUUUGUUUUAGUAGUAGCAGCAGUAGUAGUUCUAACGAAACAAGCUUACUUUCAAACUUACCAGUAUUCAAAGAAUUCAUUCAGGGAGAAUUGUAUGCCAAAAGAAGAAACCAUUGUGAAGAUUGACGGUGUAGAGAAACUAAGAGAGGUUUAUUUGAAAGUAUAAAAUUUUGAAGGUGUGUUAUUUUUUAAUUUAUCGAGGUGUAUGUAAUAAUUAUAUUUUGUGGCUUAAUUCUUUCUUAUCUUAUUUAAUUUUAAUAAACAUAAAAUUAAUGAAGUAGAUAGAAUCGAAACUAGCUUGUCAUAUGGCCUAACUGAAUGCACAGUGCUUGAAAAUGAGAAUUUUUAUUUAAUUAACACAUAAAGUUUAAGCUAGCUUGAGAUGACCAACUGACCAAUAGUAAUAUUGGUACAGUUUGAAGUUUAAUAUAUAUUUUCUUUUCAAACAUAAAAUUAUGAAACCCCAAGCUCCCAGUAAUUAAUGAGAACUGUGUACAACUCUACAGUGAUCCUAGUUGAAAAUGUAUUUAUAUUAGUAAUGAAUAUACUACCGAGCACACGAGAUGAAUGGUUGUGAUGACGAACUAUUACAGAACUACAGAAAUGUGUGAUUUUAUUUAUUUAUUCUCUAGAAGUGUUGGGAGAUAAAAGUAUGUAGAAGAGCUAGUAAUGGUAAAAGAUGAAAUCCUUCAUAAGAAAGGCUGUAUGACGUAAUACAACUGACAAUGCUCUUUAAGUGUGUGUUUCGUAGUUGUUACUUGUAUUCAUUAAUACGACAUUUGAUCCUAUAUUGUAAUACAGGAUAUUCUAUCCUGGACAGCCACAAUGUAUAUAUUUAGGUUUAAUGAUCAGUGUAAAGAAAACUGUAAUAAAAGAGAUGUUAGCAGUUAGUUACUUCCAGUACAGAUGUACUCUUAUUUAACAGAGAUUGUAAAACAAAGGUUUAUAUGUUGCUUCUUUCCUGGUCACAUUGUCUUCAGCUAAUUAUAUCGAUAUAAGGAGUCGUUGUAGGUCGUGUUUGAGUGUGUAAGAUUAAACCCGUAGUUUUCAGGAUUUGUUGUUAAAUUAGAAGAAUAUCUUCUAAUCGGGGCUUAACGGUUGUGAACAUGAUUUAUUUAAUCUAGCUUUUUGAUUAUCUGUGAGCUCUGAACUUAAAUAACUUUGAUGGUCUAAAUGCAGCUUUGGAACUCUGAAGGUAGUUUAUUA